AUGAAUACACAGACGGCUGAGGCCAACACGGAAUUCCAGGAAUCAACCUCUAUCACCUUUGAGUGGACCUUGAGGGGCCUCAAGAACCUUUUUGAUUCGACCAAGGGAGACACCAAGUCAAAAGUCACAAAGUCGGCACGCUUCGGGGGAGGAAGUUGGCAAGUAUUCUUUUCUAUGCAAACGCUGGAACAACGAAAGAGGGAAGCAGCGACACUGGUGGAUUUUUGUUGGUUAAAUGUGUAUCGAUGCUUGAUAGCCAACGACGGAGGAAAAGGAAGCGGCGUUGGGAGAUUCUGGAAGGCAAGAUUCUAUUCCACGAGGCUACUGGCAUGUUGGGUUCACCUCGAUGUUAGGUGGAAUCGAGAAGGAAUAUACAAGUUUAGUUUCGAGCUUCGAAAUAUUGGGAAAACAGUGGUGUACAACCUGAAGGAAGCUCAUAACCAUUCAUUUUCGUACAAGACCGCAAAUUGGGGAUGGGCGCAAUUUGCACGCAGAGAUGCUGUUUAUUAUCAAUCAACGCCCGUGAAAGCUCAAGAUGCCUUCGUGAUCAUAUGCACGAUCACAUCGUCGCCUGCAAACCCAAGACCCAUCCCAACACUCCCUCGCCAGCCAGUACCGAAAGUUCUCUUGGAUACCGUAGGAGCCCUGCUUGACGAUCCCCUCUAUUCUGAUGUACAAUUCAUCAUUCCCCGGCGGCAUCAAGAUUUUAGAUACGCGCGCAGGAUAUGGGCAUCUAGGCGAAUGCUCGAACGAGCUGAAUAUUUUGAAACGAUGUUCAAUUCGAGCUUUGCGGAGACGUUGGAAGGUACAACUGCUACGCCGAAAUCUGCUUCCCGUGGUUUAACGAGCCCGGGCGGCACAGACUCUGGUACCAUCAUGCAUGAGUUUGAAGACUCCGACGAUGAGGAUGACGACGUUUUUGACACGUCUUCGAUCUCUUCAGAGCAGGAUUUACCACCUACUACGUCUACCAACCUGGAAGCCAGCUCAAUUUACGUGGUUGACAGCCCAACAGAACACGCAGACAGAAAACGAGCCGAGGAAGCAGUGUGCUCGACAAGCUCUCAUAGUCAAAUGUCUCCCCGUUCAAUGACACACCGGCCCCUCGACUCCUUCCAUGGCUCAUCAAAGAUGACAGUCGUCGUCAGAGAUAUCGCCUACACUACGUAUCGUGCCAUGCUAUACUAUCUUUACACAGAUAGCAUCGUAUUUGCACCACUCUCGUCAUCGUUUAUGGGAAAUAAUUCUGGAACCGCGCGGGCAGCGAGUUCGUCUGUUGUCAGCCUUCCGAGUACGCCUCCAGAAGGCUCAGGGCAAGUACCCGGGGCGAAGCGCGUUGCACAACAGGAUUCAGCGUCUACCAGGUCGGAGUGGAUUUCAGAUUGGAUGAAGAACAAUCCCGGGCGACCUGCGCCUUGUUCCGCCAAAGCUGCUUACCGAGUAGCCGACCGGUUGGAUCUUGGGGAGUUGAAAGAGCGGGCAGCACAGCACAUUUUCAAAUCACUUACGGUCGACAAUAUUGCGUUGGAAGUCUUCUCUCCGUUUGCGGCUGCCUUUGACGAAAUACGUAAGGUAGAGAUCGACUUUUUCUUAACACACUGGCAAGAAAUCCGAGCAUCAGAAUCAAUGCGAGACGUUUGGCAGCAAAUCAGGAACGGCCGGCAUCCUGGGUUCGAAGAAGUCUGGCCUCUCAUUGCUCAGAGCCUGGAGUUUAAGCCGACUGGUCCGACUCCGCACUCUCCAAGGGUUAGCGAUUCUAGCCAUCCCUGCUGA